CUUCCCCGGUCAAGAAGAUAAGCACCGGUGCUCUCCCCUGCCAGCCAUCGCACCUGCCUGCCCCCUUGUUUCCUCGCGCGGCCGGCGACUGCCUUUUCCGAUCUCCUCCACCUCGGCCUCCCAAUCCGGCGAGGCAAUCAGCCCCCCACAUCCACCUGACCGCCUCUCCUUGCCGCGGAUUCCGCAAGGGAGAUCAAACUUGGAGUCCGCCCCUCUCCCGCGCACGCAAUGCCGGGCCUCGCCGCGGAGCAGGACGCCGCCGUCUCGCUGGUGCGCCGCGUCGCCCGCGCCCUCAACCGCCGGGUCACCGACAUCGUCGCGCUGCUCUUCAACCACAAGAGCGCUGGAUCGCUCGGCGCCGUCGCGGGGUUCGCCAUCGCCGUCGUGUUCGCGUGGAGGUUCAUGCGCCCCUCGCAGGGCCGCCCCCGCAGGCCUGCUCCCAAGCGUCCCCCGCCUACCCCUGCAGGGGCGCCCGAAUCUAUUGUUUCUGAUGCGCCCGAGCCUGUCGGUGACUCAGGCAAGCAGGUAACGCGGCACAUUGUGGCGAAGCGAUUGAGCGGGUGCAGAAAGGUUACCUGCCGACUUCUCGGUGUUAUUUUUGAGGAGAAAACUCCUGAGGAGCUUCAGAAACAUGCCACAGUUAGACCUUCAGUGGUAGAGCUACUACUGGAAAUAUCUAGACACUGUGAUCUCUACCUGAUGGAGACUGUACUUGAUGACAACAGUGAGGAGAACGCACUCUCAGCACUGGAGAGUGCUGGACUUUUCAGGACAGGUGGCUUGAUGAAAGAAAAGGUGCUCUUCUGCAGCACUGAAGUUGGAAGAACUUCAUUUGUGCGACAAUUGGAGGCAGAUUUUCACAUUGAUUCGAGCCUUGAUAUAGUUUCUCAACUAUCUCGAUUCAUCCGAUGCCAACUAUUUAUUUCCUCUAUGGAAGGCGGACAACUUGCAGCCAACAUAUUCAAUUCUCCAAGUCUUGAGAAGUUCUUCUCUUGAAUCCGGGAAACAAACAACGGAUUCUCCGGAGCAUAAAGGUGCUGGUUUUAGCAGCACAUUAUUUGAAGCUGUUUGGUGUCAUGCAAUUUUAUGACGCCAAUUUGGCAGUGUGCCUUCCAAUUAGAUAUCAAAUCGGGCAGGCAUACAGUGGAGCUCAUGUCGCGCGGCAAGUAGUGCCUGCUCUUCCAACUGGUCCAUGGUUGAGUGUGCUGUAUAUAGUGAGAACGCUAAGUUAGAUCCUCCUCGCCGAUACUGUAACAUGAAUAAUAUUGGAGUCAUUUCCUUUUCUAUAAUCAGCCAUCUUUAGUUUCUGCAGCUAACUUGUGCCUGUACAGACCUGAAGGAAGCAACUGUCGAUCA